AUGAACUAUAGCUCGCAUUCACCUCCUCCCCUCCGGCAUCCAGUGCCCACUCAUCCUGCCUAUAUUCCAGAGCCUCCGUUGACGCCAGGAUCGCCUCAAGGAUACCAGCGAUUUUCAUCAUCGCCUCAACCUCAACCUCAGCAGCAGCAUCAGCAACAAUACACGCAUGUGCCAGCAUAUACAGGUCAUUUCCAGCCGCCACCACCACCAAAUCCCAACGUCGGUUCCAACUUUGGGCAGCCAGAUUUUGCAGCAUGGGGGAUGAACGAUGCAACGGCGCAGCUAGGGUUGCAGCUGGGUAACAGUGCCGUUCAAGCGGGCCAGGAGUAUGUCCAGCGGAAUUUUGGCGGCUUCUUCCCGUUAGCGAGCCUCAAGCACCAUUUCAACGUGUCCAAUUCUUAUGUCAUGCGCAAGCUAAAACUUGUCAUUUUCCCCUGGGACCAUCGUCCGUGGUCGCGUAGAAUUCGUCGUUCAGAACAGGGUGUAACUGAAUGGCAACCCCCUCGAGAAGAUGUGAAUAGUCCUGACCUGUACAUUCCCCUAAUGGCCCUCGUAACUUACAUGCUCAUUGCUGCCUUCCAUUCCGGCAUACAAGACCGUUUUCAUCCAAAGGUCCUCGGUGAACUCGCAUCGGGCGCGUUCCUCGUAGUGCUCGUCGACUUCGGUUUCGUCUACCUAGGGUGCUACUUUUUGAACGUCCAAGGCUCGAGUCAGGCCAUGGAUAUCAUCGCAUACUCAGGAUACAAGUUCGUGGGCGUGAUACUUACCAUCGUCUUCGGUUUCCUGAAUAUGGGCCGGACCCUCUACACGAUUGUCUUUCUGUACUUCUUUUUCGCGAAUGCCUUCUUUCUCCUACGCUCCCUGCGGUCUGUGGUGCUUCCAGAUCCGUCAAUAACGAACAACGCGAAUAGCACUGCAACAGUCAGUGCGGCGUCUCGGAGACGCCGCAUCAUAUUCUUAUUCCUGGAGGCGAUCUGUCAAAUACUGUAUAUGGGCAUUCUUGUGCGGGUGUAG